UGAAACGUUGAUCAAAUUUUAUAAAUCGAUUUAUAGUAAUAAAAUUCUGCAUUAAAUGAAUAUUAGUAGAAGGCGAAUGUUAAUUAGCGAACGUGCGGAAAUAUAAUUGGUUGAAAGUUGAACGGGCUGACUGGCGAAAAUUAUUUGUGCACCGCAGUGCGGAGGCUCGCACAUUCCAUUCGUAUUAAUAUUUAUAAAUAAAGCGUGAAACACGUUAAUAGAAGAUGAAAUCGAUUUGAUCGUAUUUCUACGUAACAUAGAAGAUAAAUAGUUAUAAUAAUGCGUGUGAUAUACUGUUGUAUAAGUUUAUUAGCAGUGUUACUGUCGAUAGCUCGUGGGAGUGAGCUAGACUACGACGGCUGGCUGCAGUUACGAUUAUGGCACGCGUUUAAUGAUGAGCCGGAGCCCAUUUUUAUAGAAAGGGGCAACAUCACUGUAUCCAGCGUUCGCAGCGGUGCCUCUGUCGUCGGGCAAAAUGGAUUGUUACCAGCUCAUAUAAAGGAGCUAAUAAAUCUUGCCAAAAACGAUGGCAAGUAUAGGUUGAAAACAGUAGCUCGGACAUCUUCAGGGAGUGAAAUAACAUUUCUAACUUCGAUACCUGCGUGCUAUCUCCUUGGCUCCGAUUUAGAAGAUUCUAUAACAAUUUGGUUGGAUAGUGCUGCAGAGCCGAUAGCAGUCAGUAUAUCGUCACCCGGGCCUUGCAGCACGGAGGCCCCGUUUACAAACAUGUGGACAACAACAAACGUUAACGUGAAAUAUCCCGAUGGCGGACCAGUCCCAGACACUGCUACGUAUAUUCAGAAACUUGAACGGGAGAGAGAAGCAAGGGAGAGAGGAGAGGCCAAAGAUAAUAGAUCUUUCCUUGCAAGAUAUUGGAUGUACAUUGUUCCUGCAUUGAUCUUUGUUGUCUUGUCAUCCGCGACGAAUCCAGAAGCUGGAGGAGCGGCCGGUGGCAGUGCCCAAAGACAGUAAUCCAGAGUGCAUGUGAUGUCUCAGAGAGUGCAUGUGCGAAGACUGUUUAUUUAUGAAACAUACAGCAUACUUUUAAAUACAAUUGUAAAAACCUUCAUUGUAUCUUCGCCUGAAUGAAUUAUAUGAUUUAAUUAAA